AAGCGGUUCGCCAAUGAAGGGCUCAAGUCUAGUCACUCGCGAGCCAAUGAGCAACAGGAGGUUGCACGCAGCACCUCGCGUAGCAGGUGUUGAUAUGCGGGUUCAGCCGAAGCACUCUCGCUCAGAAUACAGUGGCUUUUUGAGCGAGCAGCGGCGGAGAACGCAGGCAGCGCGGUAAGCAGCUGCGGCUGGAUCGCACGCCAGCGUGUGGCGUCCACCGCCUUCGACGAGCACGCACCGUGCGCAUCAUGAGGCGAGCCUGCAGCUGGAAGCCUGACCCGGAAGGCGACAGUGUUGCCAGACCAGUCACCGUAAACGGUCACACAGCAGCCGAGAAAGUUGGCGGCGUUCUCGCUGGCGACGGCGGCGACACGCUGAAAGACGAGGCAUUUGCAAAGAAUGGAGCGGACGUUGAGAAGAAGAGCAAGAGGAAGAUGGCCGUGCCUGACGGCGGGCUCAGCUGGGCGAUGGCCGUAGUCUGCUUCAUUAUCAACAUGCUCUCCUCGGGCUAUUGCCGUUGUCUGGGCCUCUUCUUCAACGCCAUCAUGUCCACGUUCAGAGUACCCCGAGGAGAGGCCUCGCUCCCCUUGUCAAUCUACGGCGGCUUCUUCAACUUGAGCGGCCUCAUCUCCGGCGCCCUGAUACAGGCUUUAGGGGUGCGCAAGUCAUCGUCCAUCGGAAGUGCCCUGACCAUCGUCGGGCUCUCCAUCUCCAUCUUCGCCAACGGAACAAUCUUCCUCGCCUUUUCGGCGGGCUUCCUGAUGGGUGCCGGCCAGGGUAUAAUUCUCAACAGCAUCAUAGUGUGCGUGAGCCAAUACUUCGAGAAGCGGCGAGGCACCGCUCUUGGCCUCAACAUGGCCGGCGCAACGGUGGCCUCUCUCGUCUUCCCAAAUCUGUACGAGUUCCUGAUCGCCGAGUACGGCCUUCGCGGCACUCUCCUCAUCAUUGGCGGUUCGCUGGGAAACGUGUUGGCCCUUUCCAUGCUCCUCAACCCGCCUCCGUGGGAGAAGGAGGCAGGCGAGCGCGGCCCCGUGGGUCUGGAAACCAACGAAUCUUCUCGUGCACCCUACGACACCCCGGCAAACGGCCGAGUGUCGGUCGUGUGCGGUGGUACAGAAGAGGACAAGGACAAACUCUACUUGGAAAUUGAGCCGUCGCGUACGGCGUCUCCGCAAAGCAGGAAAGCCACCUUGGUCAGCAUCUCGAACCGUGGAACCGGCACCUACAGACGGGGAACCAUCAUCAGUGUUAACGACAGGGAGAGCGUCAUCGGGAACCGCAGGGGAACCAUCAUAACUCUCGGUGGCGAUCACGCAAGGACGUCCCGGCGCGGCACCCUCGUGUCCGACCACCCUUCCGUCCUGUCCAGGCGAGGAACUGUCACGAGUAUCAUGGGAGACGGCGGUGAUUCGAUCCUCAUGGCUCCCGACUUGAACGAGAAUCGCACCAGGAGGGGCACCAUGAUAAGCGUGGCGGGAUCGCUGUUCAUGAGCAACAGGAUCGCGAGGGGCUCCACCACAGUCGACGCCAAGUGCGCACGCAGAAGCACCUUGGUGAGUGUGAGCAAUUCUUGCCGCCUCGACUGCUCGUCCUUGCGUGGUGAUGCACUCAGGGUCGACCUUCCCGUAGUUCAGGAAGAUGUCUCCAGCUCGCAAUCGGUGCUCAAGAAUGCCCUGGAGGUGCUGAGGGCUCCGCGCUUUUAUUUCCACGCUUUGAGCUUCGUUUCGUGGUCUUUCUUCCUCGACUCCUACCUGACGGUGAUGUUCGAUUUCGCCGAAGACAUCGGGGUGCCCCCUUCGGAAUCUGUGCACGCGCUGACAUUGUUCUCGGCAACGGAUACCAUGGGACGCUUGCUCGUACCCUUUCUGAGCGACUACGGCCUCAUCUCUAACUGCGGCCUGCUCACCAUUGCAUAUUUUUCCCUGGCACUACUGCAGCAGCUGGCGCCUUAUAUACACGGGAAAAUAGCCUUCUGGGGCCUGUCAGCUGUCCUGGGUCUCCCGGCUGGUUACAUCGUUGUUGGAGCUCCCGAAAUUCUCUCUACCGAGAUCGGCACGAAGAACCUCCCCAUUGCCUACGGAUUCAUGACAACGCUCACGGCUAUUGGAGGCUUUGCGAGGCCACCAGUCAUCGGUUUUUUCCGCGACAACUACGGCAGCUACGACGGCCUGUUCAGACUCAUGGGUGGCAUGUUCACACUCUCGUUCCUCUUCACGGUGGGCCUUUGGAUCACCGGCCGCUCCAAAUUCAGAGAGCGAAAGGCGACGAUCGUCAUACCGGAAGCGUUCAUCUUCGUACCGGAGCCGAUGCCGACACUCCAAGAGGAGGAAGCCGACUUGUGAACACGC